GAGAGAGAGGCUGAUGUCAUCUGGGUGAGGCGGCCAAUGAGAGAGCAGUGACGGUAAGGAGGAGAGAAGUAUCCACGCCUGAAGAAGAAGAAGAAGAGGCAGUGGGGAGACGGAAGGAAUAGAGACGGGAAACACCGACAGAGCUUGGUCACUGUGAAGGCACCACGCGACAUUAAAGCCCGCCGUGACGUCGCCACGAGUGUGUGUCAAUGGGACACUGAGAGAUGUGUGUGUCGCAGCAAUGGUGGACAGGCUCAAGUGGGCCGAGCCCCGUUCUCCCACUGGCCCUCCCCUUCAUCCUCCUCCUGUCAUCCAUCCCUCCACCGGCGCAGGGGGCCCUCAUUAUCCCGGUGAACUACAAAGUAACAAACAUUUCACAGCCGCCAGUGCUGACAGAGCCUUCAGAGGUGAUGACGUCAUUCACGGCGUUCUCUCGUGAUGACAUCUAUCUACCGUGCGAGGCCUCCGGUAACCCCGCCCCCACGUUCCUGUGGGUGAAAGAUGGCCGGACGUUCGGGUCUGAGAAGACAGGGAGCGGAACACUGGAGGUCAGCGAGGACGAUGUGCUCGAGUCCUACCAAGGAACCUACCGCUGUUACGCCUUCAACACUCUGGGGACCGCCAUGACACACACCUGGCAUGUCACUGUGGAGCCUCAGCCGGUGCUCCUGAAACAGCAGAAGUUUCGCAGGAGAGCAUAUGAAGGCGAGAGCAUCAUCUUGUCCUGCGACCCGCCGCAGAGCUCCACCCCUCCACACAUCCACUGGAUGGACAAGAAGAUGGUCCACAUCAGGCAAAGCGACAGAGUGAUGGUCGGCCUCAACGGCAAUUUGUACUUUGCUAAUCUCCUCAAGAGUGACAGCCGAGAGGAUUACAUCUGCAACGCUCAGUACUCUGCAGCCAGAACCAUCCUACCCGACACCGCCAUCGCCCUCAACGUGCUGCCCAGUAACGAUGUAGCUAACGGCAAGCCGCCUCAGCUCUUUCACCCGAGCAGCACCCACUCGUCCGUGCUAGCGCUCCGCGGACAAAGUCUCACCUUGGAAUGCAUCCCCAAAGGCCUCCCGACUCCAAAGGUGGAGUGGAAGAAGAAGGACGGCAAUCUGGAUGAGACUGGUGGCCAUCGGGAACACCACAACCGCUGGCUCACUUUUGACAGCAUCAGCCAGAGUGACGACGGCGAGUACGAGUGCCAAGCGUUCAAUGUGCACGGCUCCACCCAGCACUCCUUCACUGUCACGGUGGAAGCUGUUCCUUAUUGGGUGAAGAAGCCUCAGAACCUGCGCUACUCCCCCGGAGAAACUGUGAGACUGGACUGUCUGGCUGAAGGCAUCCCAACCCCUAACAUCACUUGGAGAAUCAACGGCCAACUGCUGUCAGAAGUGGAUGGCGACGACCGACGCAGUGUCUCGGGUGGUGUGUUGAAACUGACCGACGUAGAGCUAAGCGACACGGCGGUGUAUCAGUGUGAGGCCGCCAACAAACAUGGCUCCAUCAUCCACAAUGCCUACCUCCAUGUUGUUGAGCUCCCCCCUCAGAUCCUGUCCUCAGACGGAGUCGUGUACAAAGUGACCGAGGGCGGGACCAUCAAGAUGUUCUGUGAAACCUUCGGCUCUCCACUGCCUCACGUCGAAUGGGUGGGCGAGGACCCGGGCCCCCUGCUGUCAGACCCUCGUGUCUCCCUGCUGACUGACGGAACAAUCGAAGUAUCGGACGUCAGUUACAGCGACAGUGGAACGUACAUCUGCUUUAUUAAAAACACCAACAUCUCCAUCACCGCUCACCUGGAAGUCUUCAAUGGGACGGUGAUUUUGACAGGCCCUCAGGACGUGCGAGCACUCCGAGGCGGAAGUGUCCUUCUGGACUGUCACUUUUUUAAGGACCCCAGACUGCUCCGGUACCAGAUUGUCUGGAGGAAAGACGGACAAAAACUGCAGGAGUCGUCGCCAGAUGACAAGUACACUAUAUUUGCCAACGGUACACUCAAAGUGACUGACAUCCAAUCAAAAGACAACGCAGAGUAUUCCUGUGAGGUCAUCACCGAGCUUGACCAGGCGACCAGCAGCGGCUCCAUCACAGUCGUAGCCCGUCCGGACCCCCCUGAGGAUGUGACUCUAUCUGACGUGAAGGAUUACAGUUUGACUCUGAGCUGGAUCCCCGGUCGCUCACACAACAGCCCCAUCACAGAGUUCAUUGUGGAGGCAAAAGAGGAGCAGCAGUCCCACAGGCAGGAUGACAACGUCUGGAAAUGGGAGGUGAUGAAGCGGGUGCCCGGUGACUUUAACCACAUGCAGCUCUCACUCCACCCUUUCUGCAAGUAUGUCUUUCGAGUCAUCGCAGUCAACGAGAUCGGCCUAAGCGAACCUAGCAAGACCACGCUUUCCUACAGCACGCCCCCUGCUGUACCACACAAUAACCCUGGCGGUGUGCGCAGUGAGUCCUCCGAUGCGGGAAAUUUGGCUAUUAUGUGGGACGAGAUGCCCAAGCGAUCCCACAACGGCAAGGACUUCCAGUACAAGGUGCUGUGGAGGAAGGCGGGUGGAAAGAGUGUUCACUGGAACCACGGCUACGCCAAGUCUCCACCCUUCUUGGUGAACAACACAGGAACAUAUGUACCGUUUGAGAUCAAAGUCCAAGCCGUCAACUCAUUGGGUGAAGGACCUGCUCCGGAGGCGGAGAUCGGACAUUCUGGAGAGGACGUUCCAGAGGAAGCUCCCAGUGGAGUCACGGUCCGGGUGAUGAACAGGACCGUUGCUGUGAAGUGGAAUGAAGCCCAGAACGUCAGAGGUCUUCUUCUGGGAUACAGGAUCUACAUCAAGAGGCUGGGUCCGGAGGGCCCUCGCAGCUUGCGGUCCCCAGAGGAAAGGCAACACCUCCAAGAGGGAAGGGAGCGACAGAGAAGACUGGCGCAAACCAAAGAGGAUAACAUGAUGGUGGAGGUCCAAGGCAUGAAGACCUCAAGGGAAGUGACAGGGUUGCAGCUCUACUCCCGCUACACGGUUUCCGUCACAGCCUUUAACAGCAAAGGAGAGAGCCCCCCUUCCACAGCGGUCCACGUCAGCACCCCAGAAGGAGCUCCUGGACCUCCAGCGUCGCUGAGCUUUGAAAGCCCAUCAGAGAACUCUCUGAUUCUCUACUGGACCCCCCCUGAGGAAACCAACGGACUUCUGUUGGGGUACAUGGUGCAGUACCAACAAGAGGUGAAGAACCAAGACGGUCUGGUUCGGAUGGAGAUCAUUGGGGAUCCCAGUGUAACCCACCUUGUGUUGGACGCUCUGGACCCUCAGAGCUAUUACAUCUUCAAGGUGAUCGCACGUACUGCCGCAGGGGACGGACCGCCCAUAACAAGGAGGAACGCUACUCUCUUUGAUGGAGUUCCUCCAUCAAACAUCUCCGUCACGGCCAGUAACACUGUGCUCAAUCUGAGCUGGGUGCCUGGAGAACGAGAAAGGAACCACGGCUUCCACAUCAGCUUCCUCAGGAAGAGUGCUGGGAGUCAGUGGGAGAAAUCGGAAAUGGUGAAUUCCAGCCAAGGUUUCUAUUCAUUGACGGGCCUUCAGCCAGGAACUGAGUACCAUCUUGUCGUCAUGCAUGGGAACUAUACUCAGUGGCAGUCAGCAAAAACAACCUUGGGACCAGGGCCGUCUGAGGUGAGCGGAGGCUUCGCCACUCAAGGCUGGCUGAUCGGACUCAUCAGCGCCAUCGUGCUGCUCAUACUAAUACUGCUCAUCCUCUGCCUCGUCAAACGCAGAAAAGGCGGCAAAUAUGCAGUGAAGGACAAAGAAGAAAAGGAGGUGGACUCGGAAGCUCGGCCCAUGAAGGAUGAGACCUUUGGGGAAUACAGAUCAUUGGAGAGCGACACGGACGAGAAGCGUUCCGACAGCCAGCCGUCCUUGUGCGGGGACAGCAAAUUGGGCAGCGACGAUUCGUUGGCAGAGUACGGCGACAGCGUGGACAUCCAGUUUAACGAGGACGGCUCCUUCAUCGGCCAGUACAGCGGACGCGGCCCCGUUCCCCACGGCAACGAGAGCUCUGGCCCCACCUCCCCUGUGAAUGCGGCCCCGCCUCCCCCCAUCGCUCCAUCCAUGUCGACCAUCCUCAACCGACCCAGCUAAACACACACAUACACACACACACACACACAUUGCAUAAAGGGAUAGACCACUUGUGAGUCAUACACACAGUCUAAAUACAUUCCAUGUUUAUGCAGAGAAGUUGUUUACACGAUGUUUCGCCUUUUCUACGCCAGGUUUACACACACAUAUCUGAUGGAACACACCUCAGCUUGCGAAGGUUGGAAACUUCUGGAAAUGUAGUUGGGGGGAAUUUGGGAAAUGAUCGAAGAAUGACACUUUCAUUUUUACGUUUAUGUUCUUCAAUCAAGUUUUCAUUGACUGGUUUAUGCUUCUCCCCCAAAAUGGUAGGGGCAGUGAGUCCGCAACCAUGACACUCAUCCACUAAUGGAUUGGAUUUCGCUAGUGCCUUCUCAACCCCAUUCCUGAUUAACUCCGCAGUCACAAACUGGUUGGUGGUGGUAAUCUACAUUUUUAGUCAAGAAACAUCACACAGUAGCCUCAACCAGUAGCUCUACUGUCAGUGAUCGUGACGGGGGAGAAGCUCCGCAGUGCGGAGUGACGGACGAGAGUCGCCAAACACAACGCUAGUCGUUUUUAACAAAGACAAAGUCGCUGGAGAUCAGUAGUCAGAACAACGGAAUGAAAAAUAAUACUUUAAAAAUCGCAGAUUCACUCAUUUCACUGUCAAUCAAAAAGGCGUUCCAAUUAUCAUUGAGUGGUUAGCAUGUUUGCCUCACAGCUAGGAGACUUGAGUUCAAUUCCACCGUGUGUGGAGUUUGCAUGUUCUGUUCCAAAAACAUGCUAGGUUAAUUGGCCACUCCAAAUUGUCCGUAGGUAUGAAUGUGAGUGUGAAUGGUUGUUUGUCUAUAUGUGCCCUGUGAUUGGCUGGCCACCAGUCCAGGGUGUACCCCGCCUCGAAGACAGCUGGGAUAGGCUCCAGCACCCCCCGCGACCCUCGUGAGGAUAAGCGGUAGAAAAUGAAUGAAUGAAUGAAUGAAAGCCGAUUGCUCCAUAGACCCCCAGCAAAACUGAGCGUCCAAUGGUUGGGAACAAAGCCUAGCAUUUAUCCAAUGACUGUCCAGUUUCGCACAGUGGAACAACCAACUCUACGCUUCCCCAUCGAAGUCAGUAGACCCUUAGCGUCCGACUGUGUUAAAUUUCCGUGGUGAACGAGAAGGAAGUCGUGUCAGUUACCUGUGAUAAGAAGCUAUUCUUGCCCAUAUUUAGUCAAUGAAAAAUACACACAGCAGUACAUAGUCACCACUUUUUUGGGGGUGGGGGGUAUUUUAGGGGAAACUGAACUUCCCUUGCAGUUUUACAGCAAUUGCCACCCAACUGUGGAGUUCACUGAAAUUCCACUAAGUAGGAGGGCUUGAAGGAGCAAAACCGGAAGCAUAAACCAGUCUGCUUUAACUUCUGUUAAAUUACAUUACAUCCUUGAAGUAUGUCAUUGGGUUUGUGUUAUAAUAUUCAACUACUUGUUACACCAGUUCAUGUUAAAUUGAAAAUGUCAAUUUCAUUGUUUGAAAAGAAUUGCGAAUAGAUGGUGUUAGACUUCAAAGCUUCCACUGCGUUCCCAAUGAUUAUGCAUGCUAGGAUGCUUGGCCUUCUUCCAUUCAUUUCCACAAAAGUCAGUUUAUUUUGGCAAAAAUCAGAGAGGGACAAAGAUGAUGUCGGGACCACAAAACAUCACACUGUCUUUCAUGAACGUACAUCAUUGUUGCAUCUUAUGUGUGUCAAUCAGCUUUUUUUCUCGUCGAGAUUUUGGUUGUUUUUAGGGGAGACUGUUGCCUUAAGAAAGUCCAAUUGAGCUUCCUCUCCUCCGUCUCUGCUCAUCAUCCUCACGCGCACACACACACACACACACCAGGAGACAUCACGGAGGGAAGGAUGAGGUCCUGUGUAGCAAACAAAAGCGUUACGGACUCUGUCCUCUGAAUGUAAAUAGAAGCGUUUUGAUUGUGAGAUUGUUUUUUGUUGUUUUGAAUAAUUGUCAUUGCAUCUUUUAUCGGAACUUUUGCCCUGUUUGAUUUUUGCACUGCUGCUGAUUGUUGUGUCAUACAUACAAUGUUCACGCUUGUGUCGCUUUCAGACUCAAUGCCUGAUUUACCUUCCACCAAUUAUUUGUUUUGUUUUUUUGAAGUUUGACGCAGCAUGUUGAAAACGUCGCAUGUUGCCGCCGUUUUGUUAGCUUUGGUUGUGACGACGACGACGAUUUCCUCUUGUGUCAUUUUUUUGUAUAUGUAAGACAUUUAGCGACUAGACAGAUAGCACUUCUUUUACACAUUUUUUGGGGGUGUUUUUAGCCACGCAGCCGGCCACAAUAUGUUAACAUUUACACUGAGUGAAGUGAUGCUUUUUUUAAAAAACUUUAUGGCCUUGAGUGGACACAAUCACAAAGGCCAUUGUCUGUUUUAUACGAGCCGCGUGAUGGCAUGUCAAACUUGACAACUGAAACCAAACAUCAUGAAGUCUCAUUGAGUUGACAAUAGUUCUUGAAGCAUGUUCGUCCUGGUACACGCAAAACAAUCUGCCAAAGUAGGUUAUUUUAGUAUUUCUAUGACAUCAUUCUUGUGUGUUUGUUUUGGUUGUUCACUUACAUGACGCCAGCCUUUCAAAACCCUGGAAACGGGUUCCCAAACUGGACGUUUCUGCAAAGAAAACAAAGGUAUAUCACCACCUACUGGCCUGCAUGCACAUUACACACAAUUCCUUCGUUAUCUGGAAGUGAAACCUUUCACAAAAACAAAAACAAAGUGUUCCGGUUUUGAUACUACUUGCAAAGCGGGAUAUGUUAUUCCUACAGAACAGCACCGUGGAAGAAAAGCCAUCUUUUACACGGCUCAUGACUGAAAAGACAUAAUUUGCUUGUGGAUGAAAGUUCAAAAUGCAUAAUGUGGCAUCAAUCCAAAGUCAACAUGGCCGCCGCUGUUAGCUACUUAGCUACUGGUGCAAAUAUUCCUUUGUUAUUCAUUCAUAAUUCAUCAUUCAGGCCUCCUCUGUUACUCUGCUGCCUUCUUUUUUUUAUAAAUAUAUGAAAAACAUUUUUUUUAUGUAUGAAAAAGGUUUUAAAAAAAUGGAGGUAAAACAACAAAACAGAAAAUACUACUCAUAGCGCAAAUAACAAAAGCAGCUGUGCGUGCGGAUGCGGGAAGGGGCGUCACGUCACCCUCGAUGCUUGAUGAUGAUGAUGAUAUUGAUGAUGAUGAUGUUGGGGGAGCCUGUAUUGCAAUACCGAAGUGUGCUAAUGUUGUAGCUGCUUGUUGCUCAAACUAGCUAACUAACCCCAGACUGUCAACUAAUAAACAUCUACUAGCAAAA